AGACAUUGGGCCAGAAUCUGCAAUCAGGCACAAUCUUUACACAAGAAACAUAAGAAGCUGGAGGCUGAAAUUCUUGGGCAUCAGCCAAUGAUUGACAAGACAUUAGCCUCUGGAGAGGCUCUUGUUCACCAGAGUCACCCGGAGACUAAACAGGUUGAAUCUUUGUGUAUUGGGCUACAAGAUGCUUGGCAAGACCUCAAGAUGAAGGCACAGGAAAGGAGUAAAAAACUGGAACUUUCACUAAAGGCCCAGCAGUUUCUACUUUGAGGCUAGUGAAGUGGAAAGUUGGCUGUCUGAACGUAACAAUGUCUUGUCCUCUACGGACUAUGGAAGGGACAGAGAUGCAGCAUCUAAACUGCUCACUAAACACAAGGUACAGACUAUAUAUAUAU